CUGAGAGGGAGAAAAAGAUAGCAAGGAUCAAAUUCGGAAUUUACUCAAACAAUUAUUUUUUUUCCCUAUCUACUGGAAGUUCGUGCGUUUUUCUCUUAAAACGAUUCCGAUUAGAUCAAGAUUAGAUCAGAUUGAAUUCUGUAUCAUCGAUAUUUUUUGUACAUGAGAUAGUUAGUUAUACCUUUUAUGCUGUUGCGGUUCACUCAAAAGUGAAGAAGCACAAUGAUUAACCAGAAUACCAUGAAUCCUAAAAGCGAUGUAAUGAGAGAAACUUUUGCGGAAUUUCUAGGAACUUUCAUUCUUGUGCUCUUUGGUAAUGCUAUGAACGCAGUUUUAGUUUUCACCCAGUCCACUAGUUCUGUUGCUGCUCCUCUGGGAUGGGGUCUAGCUCUAAUGGUGGCAAUCGCAGUUUCAGGAGAAGCUUCUGGUUGUCAUGCAAACCCGGCUAUAACAGUAGCGUUUGCCAGUAUUGGAAAAUUUAAAUGGGAGAAAGUCAUGCCCUACUUUUUCGCACAAUAUGUUGGCGCAUUUCUUGCUUCCGUAGUACUUUAUGUACUUUAUUUGGAAUCCUUUUCUAACUUCGAUGGAGGAUAUAGAGAUAUACCGCCCAAUAAGACUGCCACGGCUCAAAUCUUUGCUACAUAUCCAGCUGAACAUAUUUCAGUCUAUGCUGCAUUAGGUGACCAAAUUCUUACAAGUAUGUUGUUUAUGAUGAUCAUUUUAGCCAUCACGGAUCCUCGCAAUAUGAACAUCAAGAAAGGGCAAUAUCCCUUAGUCAUUGGUCUAGCCUUAACCGCCGUAAUUUUUGCUUUUUCUUACAACUGUGGAGCUCCUCUUAAUCCUGCCAGAGAUUUGUCUCCUCGAAUAUUCACUGCUCUAGCUGGCUGGGGUAAAAAAGUCUUCAGCUUCCGAGGAUACAAAUUUUUUUGGGUUCCUGUGGUUGGUCCGCAUAUUGGUUUCGUGCUUGGUGCAUGGGCUUACCGACUUUGCAUUGAACUUCAUUGGCCAGUGGACAGUAAUGACUUUGGCAACCCAACGCAAGUGAUGACCAAUGGAGAGUUAAAUAAAGAAAACGAUUUGCCUACUUUUGAAAGGAAAAUUUUUGAUGAAAAUGAUAUGUGCACUGAGCUCAUAAAGGCAAUGAAAUAGACUAGAGGAAUCCCGAAAAGACAACAAAAAAGUCGAAGAAUGAUUCAAAGACAAGGGAAAAAAUUAUUCGUGAUUUGAUUAUUUAUUAUUCGUGAUUAUCAUACGAUACUGAUUAUUCAUGAUUUUUUUCAUGCCGCUAGUUUGAAUCAUGGAUUCAAGUGUAUGUAUAUGUAUGUAACGUAAAUUAAAUAUAUAUAUGUUAUGUAUUGGUCAUAAAAAAUAUGUAAGGACUAUAAAAUGUGUUUAU